CACUACUGCAUGGAAGUUGGAACGUGCCUUGACAAUUCAAAAUCACAAAUCUGUGUGCAAUGCCAGUGUGUUGUUGCAAUGUAGGCAGGCAACAAAUUUUGAGUCAAGCAAGUCCUGCCAUUCAACUGCGUUGUGUUGGGCUCCACUGCAUGCUCGCGGGCGCGCAUUGCGGACGGCAUUGCGUGUCUGCAUGAACACCUCAAAACACAGCAAGCAAGGAGGAGUUGUGUUGAUCUGUGGGAAAAGAUCAGAAUGUGGAGUUCUUGAAGAGGCGCUCGUUUGUCUUCAAGAGCAUCUGUAGGCAUGGCAACUUCUUUUGGAGUCCGCCUAGCGCAGGCACCGCACCUUCCGCACAAGUGCAGAGAAGAUCUUUUUCCAAUAGAAGGAGCAAUGCAGACCACCGCACGGGCCUCAUCAGCAAGACACUACCAUCCUCAACCCCAGAUCUAUAACCUGGCCCCAUUACAAAAACUAGAUUCGAGAUGCGACUUCAGACCACCUGGCACAGGCGUAAAAUCCACAAUGCCUCUGUCCGAUCCCUCCUACUUUCUGAACCCUAAAAGCACUUCACCCUGUAACACGCAUGCCCGCAAGAAACAAAAGUUCUGUCUUCCAGCCAGCCGCUCCUCAAACUUUCUGGCCGGCGAAAGCCCCGGUCUAGUUACCAGUAGAGGGUGUUCCAAAGCUGGGAAUGCGCGCAGAGGGGCGUACGCUCAGGUGUCCAGCACGAAUCGGACGUCAUCGGACAACCGUCCGGAGGAGCAGCAAGAGCCGGGGCUGCUGAAGCAAGUCCAGAUCUCGCUCGCGGAAGUGAAGCCGACGCCAGCCCAAGCCAUACGAGCGCGCAAGGCAGCGUUGGGCGUCUUCUUCCUUGUUGGCGUCGAGCGGGGGCUGGCAGCGUACCUGAAAACGUCGGGGGCGCGCGUGUCCGCGCCAGUGUUGAUGUUGGCAGCGAUUGCGGUGGCGAUGUCGACUCCCGAUGCCGCGUCUAGGCACGUAUACAAUCUCUUCGAGCCUGCUCUUGGUUUCUUCGACGCCUGGCUCCCCGCAUUCUUUGUUCCCUCCGUGGUUGGCAUUACAAUCGCGGAGAUCCCCACUGGUCUCAACUUCGUAAUGGUGGCUCUCAUUACAGUCGCGACGUACCUCUUCACACUCUGGAGCAGCGCAGUCCUGGUCGAGCGCAUUACGGUGGCUCGCGGCGGCCGGCUCCGCACCGCGCCUCCGCCGAAUCUCUCGCACGAGCAGCGUAUCGAGAUGGUGCGGUCGGUGGCGCAGACGGCGACCAAGCGGUUUGCCGCGCAGGGGAGCAAGGCGCUAGCCGGGCUGGCGAUGGGGUCGAAAGAGAAGGACGUGAAGAAGGCGGCUAUGAUAGGCGCCCGGUUCUUGGACGACCUCGCGAGCCGCAUCUCCAACCCGAAACGAUUAGCGCCUCCGGUGCUUGCCCACGCACUGGCAGCGACAGUCCUGCUGGGCAGCGCCGCCGCUUUCGCUAGGACGAGGGGGAGCUUCGCGUUCAUGGCGCCGGGGCUAAUCCUCUUAACAAGCACAAUCUACAUGCAGUGCACCAGAUUGCCCAAGGGUAUGAAAAAGGUCCUGAGCCCGACGGUCCUGUCCGGGCUUCUGCUGUCCGGCAUCCUAGCCGUCUACGGUUCCGUUUGCCUCGGGGGCUGGUCCAACGGAAUCACGCUGUACAUGAAGGGCUCGGCUAAGCUGAUCAGCAUGCUCAUCGGUCCAGCUGUCGCGGCUCUCGGUUUCAAGGUAUACAUCCAGCGUGCGAUCCUAAAAAAGUCCGUGCUACAGCUAGCGGGCGUCUGCUUACUCAUUACCCCCCUGUCCCUCCUGUUCACCGCUAGCGCUACUCGACUGCUCGGGCUGUCGCCACAUUUCGGCGUCCCCCUCCUCACCGAAACGACAACUCUGGGGCUCGCUCUUGAGAUGGCCGGCCCCACGGCGCUCGCAUGCAGCAUCCCCCUGGUAGUGGAGAACGUCACAGCAUGCGGCACGGUCGGCCUCAACACCGCUCGGUCCAUCCUUGACAGCUGGAAGGUUCGGGACCCUAUCGCCCGCGGAGCUGCCGUAGCGGCGUCGUCUCACGUGCUCGGAACAUCCUCCUUGAUGGGCGAGGAACCGGAAGCGGCUGCAGUGGCGGGUCUCACCGUGGCGAUCAAGGGAGCUGUCACUGUGACACUCGUGUGUAUACCGGCCUUCCGGAACAUGCUUUUGAGAGUUGCUGGGGCGAUGUAACUAAAGUGUUGAACGGAGGUGAACUUGCUUGUUGGGCGAAGGUGGCUAAGCAUUCUUUGGGAGCACAUUGCAAUUGAAAUCGGGAAACGAGUUGUCAUAUUGGUCGCAUUGUUCCUCUGGAUUGAACCGACAUUAGAACUCAUUGCCUAGUGUUUACUAGCUAGAUGCAGUCGCUCUAGAGCCGUAUACAUGUAGUGACGUACACAGGACCAAAACGACUCGGAAUAGACUUUGAGGAAAGAGGAUCAGGCUGGCGGCAAAGACAACAAAUCAUCGAAUUAGAUUGCAGCGAUGAUUUGUACUAUGUACUACGAACAACAAGGCGCGGCUUAGUAGGUCAUGCAGGCCCAGAAACUCUUAAGGGUUGUUGCACAGGCUGGCGCACUAGCUGCAUUGAAGCAAUGCCCCCAAUAUAACGGUGCCGUUCAGCAGGCUAGUCUCAAUGGAUAUUAACCGUCUGAUAUGCACACUAGCGCAAAACUUCUGUGGAAGAUAGCAGAUGUGCAAUUGCACUCCGCUUAUAUAACGUAG